AAAUAUUUUUUAUGGGUGUUUACCUCCCCAUAGAAAAAAACGAAACAUCACAUGAUGUCAGAAAUCUGUGAACAAUCCAGAACAGUUGUGGUGGUCCAAGUUAAUGGACCAAGGAAAUAUGCACUGGGUUUACCUUAAAUGUGACACAACCGAUUAUUGUCGACCAUAAAAAAAAAAGACUGGUCAACCUUUUAAAAAUGAAGCAACAGCAGACAAGUUAUUAGUCUAGUGUGCCCAACAUAUACUGACUUUGCUUGCCAUGUCGUCGUGUGCAAUGGUCUUUGUCUACCUUAAACGGGAUGAAACAAUUAACAUCUUAAUAAUUAUUGAAGUGUUGCGUCGCCAUUGACCGUGAAUUUUAUUUUGGUUUGCUAAAAUGAUUAUUGCUUUAAACUGACAGGUCACUGUGGAUUCGUGACGUCAAAUCGGCGUCACCUGGAGCCGAGCGAGUACCACGAUGCUACUCAGGGCAACACGUCGAUUGCCGAGCGGAAAAGCCUUUGAGGUCGACGCUCUGUGGGGGAGGGGUCUGUCACACAAACAGGAAGAGGAGACCUGCGCAUUAGGUAUCUGCCGACCGUGAUUAAAAAAAAGACCCCUGACGAGCCUCUAAUCCUCCUCAUUGAGCUGCUUAAGUGACUCAAAACGCAACCACGCGCGCGAUAAGGCCUUCUUAAUAAACAAAUAAGAGCGACCCCCCCACCCGUCGAAAAACUCGGGUCAAAGUGCACAGGAAGCUGGGGGGCUGCCAUCUUUAGCCUGCUGCUAAUGCUACCGUCCAAACGUUACAGGCGCUACAACGACGGAGAGGAGCGGUCGGUUCGGGGGCUUUUAGUAGCUAGCUGUCCUCCGCAGCUCCACUGCAAAAUUGCAAACUCUGUCCUUUCUCCUCCGAUCCCGCCGCUGGAUGCAUUCGGCAUGGAGAAGCUAGCGGAGCCGUCUUGGACUUCUUCCUACACCUACCAGGUGAGCAAGCACAGCGCGGAGAUGCUACACAACCUCGACGUCCAGAGGAAAGAUGGAGGCAGGUUCUGCGACGUGAUCCUGCGCGUCGGCGAGGAGAGCUUCCCCGCGCACAAGGCGGUGCUGGCAGCGUGCAGCGAGUACUUCGAGUCGGUGUUCGGCCGCCAGCCGGAGGACGGCGACGCCAGGGAGCUGGAGAUGCACACCAUCAGCCCCAAAGUUUUCAAAGACAUCUUGGACUUCGCGUACACGUCGAGGAUUGUAGUGCGGCUCGAAUGCUUCCCGGAGUUGAUGACAGCUGCCAAAUUUCUGCUGAUGCGCUCGAUCAUCGAGAUUUGCCAAGAGGUCAUCAAACAAUCCAAUGUGCAAAUCCUCGUCCCGUCCUCGCGGGGAGGAAACGCCAGCCUUUUCCAGGCCGCCGGGUCGACUGAACUGGGCUUCCCGGUGGCUCAACAGCAGGAUUUGGUGAACGGGACGGCGCUGGUAGGCUUUGCUAACAAUGGACAUCAGGUGGAUGGGAGCGAAGCCGCAGCCGCCGCCGCCGCGCUCCUGGAGGAAGCCGCCGAAGGAUCGAUGCCUAUCCUGCAGCCCGUCGACGGGCUGCCAGUGUCGCCCGAAACUACAACGUUGCAUCACGACGCCGUUUCGAAGAGGGGCAGGGGGCGACCCAAAAAGGCUGGCGCCUCAGAGGAGCCCGUCCAUUUCAAUCACAACGUGCAGAAAAACAUCGUGCUCUACCCUUGCGGCGCUUGCGGCAAAGCCUUUACGGAAGCCUCCCGCCUGAAGAACCACGAAGCACAACAUGGAGCCAACAUCGGCGGCCGCUCGAUGCCGGGCGGCCUGACUCUCAUCGGCCAGGAGGACGAGGCGCAGUACCACGGGGGAUUGAUGCUGGACCACGGACGCAAGCGUGAGAGGACCCGGCGGCACGUCGGCUGUGAAAUCUGCGGCAAGGUGUUCCGCGACGUGUACCAUCUGAAUCGACACAAGCUGUCCCACUCCGGGGAGAAGCCGUACGCGUGUCAUGUGUGCGGUCUGCGCUUCAAACGCAAAGACAGGAUGUCCUAUCACGUGCGUUCCCACGACGGCUCGGUGGGCAAACCGUACGUGUGCCAAAGUUGUGGCAAAGGGUUUUCCAGACCAGACCACCUGAACGGACAUAUCAAACAAGUCCAUACAACAGAGAGACCCCACAAGUGCCAGAUUUGUAACGCCUCUUUUGCUACAAGAGAUCGCCUCAGGUCACACCUCGCAUGUCAUGAGGACAAAAUUCCCUGCAAAGUUUGCGGCAAGUUCCUCCGAGCGGCCUACAUGACGGACCACCUCAAGAAACAUAGCGAAGGAACACACAACUAUUGCGGCAUUUGCAACAAAGGUUUCUCCACUGCCUCUUACCUUAAGGUGCAUACAAAGACACACCAUGGCUCGUCACUGCCACCUUCUGCCGCAUUGCACACCUUCCCUGAGCCAAGCAGGGAACUUCAGAUGCACAACGGCGCUCAUUACCACAUGGGACGUCAGUGCUCAGUGGAAGACACCGGUCAGCAGCUUGUCCUCUCCUCGCCCGAGGCAGGGGCUCGCUUUCAUGGUCUCUCUGGACAUCAAGUUCUCCCCCAGCCCGGCCCUCCAGCCUUGGGCCCGCAGCCUGAGCUGCUUGUAGGGAAGCCAGGCGGGACUCCGUAUUUCUGGGAGUGUCGCUCUGGUGGGGUGCCCACUUUCCCCAUCCAUGGGCCUGCUGCAGACGGGCAGGAAAACGAUGGGAAAUGUCCUCAUCUAGACUCGGAAGAAUCGGAUCCUUCAUUUGGUGAACUGUCCAACUGUGAGGAAAUGAAAUCACCACACAAAUCAGACAGGCCCGAGCUGGAGAUUCCCUCGCUGGCCUGCAACGGAACCUCCGCGGGGGCCCUGGGCUCUCCGGAAGGCCCCAAAGCCAAGACGGACCCCGAGAAGAAAUUCAACUGCGGCAUCUGCGGUCAGGCCUUCCGCACCAAGUCCUACCUCAGGAAACACCAGCACAGAGUACACAAAACCACCAGGGCCCAAGCGGGGUCCGCGUCGGGUUUGAGCGAGCUGGCCCCCUUUUCGCCUCAGCAGAGCAUGUCCCUGCUGGAGUCGUUCGGCUUCCAGAUAGUCCAGUCGGCCUUCGCCUCUUCGCUGGUGGACGCCGACGCGGGUCAGAGCGGGGUGGACUUUGGGGGGAAGUGACACCCCCCCGCGCGCUCGGUUUCUGAUGCUCUCAUCCAGGCCCACCGAAGUUGCUCCGUGUUUGACAAUAACUUUGCCUCAAGACUACUUCUCUUGCUUACUGUGUAUAUUUUUGCCAGACUGCCAUAUGAUUCCUACUUUUUCUACUUUUUCAGAGGAUGGAAAGCGCAUAUACGGUGACAUGAAGGUGACCUCUCCUUUGUAUCGUUCGAUGAGAAACUUUCAGUUGCUUUGAUGGUUCAUUGACCUUUCUUAGCUGCACGUGUUUCUGGACGUGACGAAUCAAUAGAUGCUCGCUCUUUCGCCUUAAGAGCAACGGGCGACGCUUUAGUUGCGUAUUUAUGUUGCUCUGUUUUCCGUGACGCGUGGG